AGUGGAUACAUUCCUACACAGUGCAUUAUUUUUUGAGGGCCCUAAUGUAGUUAUCUCUUAUAUUCCCUAUCUAUCUGUGUUUGUGUCAGUGUGUACGUCAACCAGUCCUCCAUCAGGCUUGUGAGUGUCAGAGAGAUGGUGUGGGUGUUUUUUUUUUUUUUUUUUUUUUGCUCUGACAGCAAGUUCAGGCAGGGUGUGUGACGGAGGAGAUAUGAGAAGAGUUCCCAAAGCAACAGGCACUCAGAACACAUAGAGAAGAUCACCCAGGAACACAGAGACACGGCAGCUUUAAAGACAUAAAAACAACAGAGAGAUACAUUGCAUUGCAAAGGAGAAGAGAAGGAGAGAGACAAAAGAAAAGAUGGCGAUCGGAAAGAGUCCCAGAAACGGUUCCGUCAGGUCUCCAAAGUACCUGGACAAGAGUUCUGGGUUCUACGGUCGCCUGGAUGAGCCCGAGAUGGGAAGAGAGGAGGAGGAGCGGGGGAGAGAGGGGGACUGGGGGGGAUCGUGCCCAGCCACAGAGCUCUCUACGGGGGGAGAGACGGACCGGGGAGAGCCUGGGGUGUUUGACUUCAACGAGGGAAUGAUGGAAGAUGACGACACCACUCUCCUCCGAAGGAAACCCAGCCGGCUCAGCUCCCGCUGGAGAAGAAGCUCCAGGAAGGCCAAACCCCAGGCGAUCUCCCCUAGGCAGGGGGACCAGAUCCUGGGUACGGAGAUGGAGGCCCCUGUCCUGGAGGUCACUGCGGUGGAAGUGAGAAGGAGCCGCUGGGGGAGGAGCACCGGGAAGAAACAGGGGGCCGAGCCCCUGACGGUCUCCCCCAGGGAGGAGGGCCCGAUCCUGGGUACGGAGAUGGAGACGCAGACCCCUGUCCUGGAGGUCCUGGAGGUGGAGGUGAGGGUAGAGACUGAAGAAGGACAGAGGGAGAAAGAGAGAACAGAAGAUGAGAGGACGCUGGUCCACUUUGCGAGCAGAGAAGAAGCAGAUGACCAGGUUCUGAUAAAGGACAAUAAGAGAGGGAGGGAAGAAGAGGAGGAGGAGAUGAAGAGACAGGAGGAGAUGAAGGUGAUGAGGAAGAGGAGCACGCUGAAGAACUACCGCAAGACUUUCGACCGAGCGUUCCGUCGAGGGUGGGAGACCUUCGUCACUAACCUGUACAGCGUGACGCUCACACCUGACUCAUCAUCAUCACCACCACCAUCAAGGGAGAUGCACCAUUCCUCAGCAUUAGCAGAAUACAGAUAGGAUUCACAAACCUGUUCAUCUAAUCUGUAAACUGCAAUUGUUCCAAUCAGGUUAUGUAACGCCCAUAUUGUAAUUUGAGAUUGAGGCUGGCUUGGACAGAGCGUUCCGUUUGUGUUCUCAACGCAAAUGACCUGUGUUCACCUCAAUGUAUGGUUCAGUUGAUUAAUCAAUCAGUGAUAUUGAUCUAGUACAUACGGGUUUAUCAAUGAUCAAUAUGAACAGCACCUGAUUAACACCAGGAAGUACACAAAGUUUAACUCAUUCUUAUUCUGAAUUCCAAAAUAGCACACUAUUGUACUAGUGCACUAAAUAGGGAAUGGGUUUAACACUUCCUCACAGGGUGAAGUUCAUACCUCUCUGGAGGACCGUCUGCAGGGUGGUUUCAGUGUUGUGCAACCUGAGGGAGACAUAUGUUUCACUAUCCAUGUACCUAAUGAACGCAGCCCAAGAUGAGACCUGAUAACGUAUGUUUCACUAUCCAUGUGCCUAAUGAACGUAGCCCAAGAUGAGACCUGAUAACGUAUGUUUCACUAUCCAUGUGCCUAAUGAACGUAGCCCAAGAUGAGACCUGAUAACGUAUGUUUCACUAUCCAUGUGCCUAAUGAACGUAGCCCAAGAUGAGACCUGAUAACGUAUUUUUUACUAUCCAUGUGCCUAAUGAACGUAGCCCAAGAUGAGACCUGAUAACGUAUGUUUCACUAUCCUUGUACCUAUUGAAUGUACCCCAAGUGUGUUAUGUUUGUUUCAUAAAAGGAGAACGUUGUCAUACCAUGAAAUUAACUAACUAUGGGGGACAUGAGGGUACGAAAAAACGGUCUCAAACUUUGGUCCUCUGACUUGGUCUAAAAGGAGGUUGCACACAACACACAUUUAAUACAUUAUUUAUUCAUGUUAAUUUAUUUACUAUAUGAUCAGUUUUCACACUUUUCUGUGUAAUCUCUCUCAAUAAUAUCUUACCAAAGAGUUUAUUUAUUUUUAAUUAUUGGCUUAAAUCACAACAUAACAUCUCCCUCUUGCAGCAUUGAAGUCAAACUCAGAAUUAUAUGAGAGCUAAACUGAGCUGGUGGAGAAUUGAUUUCUUCUGUUGCACUUGAAUGACUAAAUUGUUAUAUUUAGUUUAAAAAUAAAUGCUUUGUAUUACUUGUGCCAUCUUUGUAGCCUUUGUCCUUAAAUAAAAUACAAUUUCUCAAA